GAACUGAUCAAGAUGGCGUUGGCAGCAUACAGACACCUACUUCGAUCAACAAGAAUCGCUUUCCAUGGCGAUGUUGCAGUCCUUCAUGCAGCUCGACAGGAAGCACGUGCAGGAUUUCGAAAGAAUGCGGCAAUGAGUCCUGAUGAUCCAAGCCUUGCUUCGGCGAUCGCACAUGCAGAAGAUGUUGCGAGAUUCCUCAAGGAGAAUGUCGUGCAGGGAAAGCAUGAAGGGGAGGACAAAUACAAACUCCGCAUACAUGAACACACAGAACGAGGUGACAACGAUACUGUGAAGUUGUCAAACGGGAAGACAAUAGUCAUUGAUGGGAAGACAUGUGCAGAUCGAUAGCACUAUAGCAAGCCUUCUUUGUACCUAUAGCUGCAUGGGUGGAGUCUGCAUGUUCGAGACGAGGUGUACACUAGUGAGGUGUCGUUUGUUAGUAAUCAAAAUCUGGGGAGCUGUUGGGACUGUACGUGUAUGCUAGUAUGAUGAUUUUUCCGACCAGAUCAACGAAAGGAGAGAUGUCUAUUGAGCUUCAUACUUAAAGGGCAUAAAGUCAAACAAUCUAUUCUCGAGCGCCCAACAUUGUCUGAUUAUCUCACUCUCGUCAGCCUCUUGAAACUUUCUCUAGCAA